AUGCUUUGCAAAUCGAUCAUUGUUUGUGGUAUGUUUGGGUUCUUAUUGAUGGUCAAUGGGUUAGAGUUGGUGACAUUGAUGAAAAUGCUUAUGCACAUGAAUGGUAGGUUUUCCGAAAUCACAGUCUCUAUUUCUAUAGAGUUUUUUAGUUCGUUCGGCAGAAGUCUUCACGCUGAAAAUGUUGUUGGUAAUAAUGGAUUGACUAGAUCUUUACAUAUUAAACGUGUGAAGACACAUCGGUUACAGUUGCUAGACUUGGAUUUAGAUCUGUUAGUUGAGAUUCUUACAAGAACUACAUUAAAAACAUUCGAUCUUUUACGUUGUACAUGUAAGUAUCUUGAAAAACUUACAUACGAAAAUUACGUAGUUGAUGUUUACAAGAGGAGGGAAAAUGUUGUUUUUGGUUUUAUUGUUCAACAAACAACACCCUGGAAAACUACACAAGUUCAAUAUGCCCCGUCACGUGGUACGAAGAAUCUUGAUUUUGAUAUGCUACCAAAGGGGACUAAAAUUGUAGCAUCUUCUGAGUAUGGAAUGGUUCUUUGUGAAACUGUUGAUCCAACUAUAUUUGGAUCGAGCUAUUUAUUCCUUUGUAAAGUAUCUACUUUCCAAAUUAUACUUUUACCUUAUGCAAAUGAUACUUACUUUACAAGCAAGGAAAUUAUAGAUGAUUUUGUUGUUUAUGACCAAUUCCAUUUGGAAAUAUUUGAUUCCAUUACAUGCGCAUGGACGGAUAUUGGUAAUAUAUUAUUACCAUGUUCUGUUUGUCCUGUUUCUAAUGAAGCAAUUAUCCCAGCCCUUAACCUAAUUCAGUGGCCAACAUAUUUGCUUGCUAGCAAGUUUCCAAAUGCUCUUGACAUUGCAGUUCAGUUUCGAUCCAAGGAUGCUGAUCUUUGGAAGUGUAUAUGUGUUGAUUAA